CGUUCAUCUCAUCACGCUCCUCACAAGCCUGCCCGCCAUGUGGUCGCUCGUCAAGGUCUUGAUGGUGCUCUUCGCUGUGCUCGCUGCCUCGUCGGCCCAGCAGCAGCCGACCUCGCAAUCCUCCGUGGCCGCCUCCCAGGCCUCCCUGGCCUCGCAGCAGCCCACGUCCACCACCGUCGCACCCUCCGGCGCUGUUCUCAAUGCCACUCAGUCCCUGGUGUCUCUCAACCCCUCGGCUACGCCUGCGGCCGGCUGCAACGUCAACACCACCAAUGCCGGUGGAUGCACCGACCAGACCAACGCCCAGCCCUGCAGCUCGCUGGACUCCAUCCCAGGCUCGUUCCAGUUCACCGCCCCCACCAUGAACACCAUCGUCACCGUCGGCAGCAACCUCACCAUCAGCUGGGGAUACUCCUCCAACACGGACCGCACCAAGUUCCCUGCCAAGAACAUUGGCAUAUAUGUGGCCCUCAUCAACAGCAACGGCAACCAGCCUGUCUACAACCUGAUUGCCAAAAUCAACCCCAACCUCACCACCUUUAACUGGAACAGCAUCAACCAGACCCAAACGGGCCAGUAUUCGCUGCGAUUGGUCGCCGACGAUCUUGACCCGCUCAAGGUCGUCAACGGCCAGGUGCCCUGCUACUCCUCGGGCUUCCCUCUCCCGACCAUCUCCAAUGCCUUCAGAAUCGUCCAGUCCGACUAUCUGCCUUCCUAUCCGGACGGCUUUGGCCCCAAUUCGGGCUCGGCCCGCAUCCUGGCCAUGUCUGUUGGCCUGAUCUCCGCCAUCUCGCUCUUGCUUGCCGUACAGCUCCUCUAGGCAUCAGCUCCACUUGCAAUCUAUUUCAUCGUGGCUUGACCUUGGACGUCGCACUCGUGUCGGCCCGCCAGCUCCAUCUUCCGUCCUCCGGCCUCUGCCUGAGACCUCCCCCUUUACUACACCCUCAGUCGUUCAAUCAUUCCAUAUCCCCUCCGCAUUCAAGUCUUAUUGUUAGAGAGGCUUCUUUUAUUGGCCGCACCGACAAUCGGCUCCUUGUCUUUGAAUACAGCCAUUCCUUAGA